AAAUUGCAAAAGCCUCUAGUUUGCGCAUCACUGCGCGAGGGCAGUAAGGCAGGCAGCCGCCUCAGGACCAGCUAGGCCUUCCUCCUUUUACGUUAGGCUGAGGGGAUCGGGGCCGAGGAGGCUGCCUCGCCUUAGGGCAGCCCCCUCCCCCCAAGAUCAGCCCAUGGAGCCUACUCGCUGCGCCCCGCCUCUCCCUCGCCAACCCCUCCUCCGAGGCGGGCCCUGCGCCUGCGUAGUGAGCGGCGGAGGCCGGGCCGCUGCGGGCGGGUGGAGGAAUGCGCGUUACAGUUAAAUAGUGGGUACAGCGGCCGCAGGAGCGGCGAGUGGCGGCGCUUCAGGGGGCCGGAUGAGGGCGGCUGACUGAGGCGGGUGGGGCGGCGAAGAGAUAGCGCAGCGCUUCUUCCAGCAGCUCCGGGACAGAGGCGCCGGCGGGAAGGCGGCACCGGGCCAGCAGUCGGAGCGUCUCCAUGGCGCGGCGUGGACUCCUCCUGGGCGGCCGCGGCACCGGCAGCGCCUCCGCUCCUCGCGGCGCUCGGUCCCCCUGAGAGGAAAAGCGCGUCGUCGUCUCCUCCUCCUCCUCCUCCUCCCUCGCUCGCUCCCUCCCUCCCUCCCUUGACGACGGGACUCACUCUCGCCCCGCCGCCGCCCCUCGGAGCGGGCCGGAGAGCGAAGCGGGAGAGCGCCGGGGCCUCAGCCGUCGCCGCGACUGGAAUAGGCGCAGUGCCGGGGACCGGAGGAAGAGGCGGCGGCGGCGGCGGCAUUAUUAUUUCUGCCUCUAUGAUGAAGUUCAAGCCCAACCAGACGCGGACCUACGACCGGGAGGGCUUCAAGAAGCGGGCGGCGUGCUUGUGCUUCCGCAGCGAGCGGGAGGACGAGGUGAGGGCGGUUUGGGGGGGUGGGGGUCGGGCCGCGUCUCCCUCUCGCGGCGCUGGUGCCGCGCCCAGUUUCCGCCUCCCUCGCUGCCCACCCCGCCAUCCCUUCCUUCCCGCUGCCUGGGACCCCCUUUGUGUGCGGGGCUUUGCGGAGCCGGCCGGGCUUGUCGCCCUCUCGCGAGCCUCGAGGGUUCCUGCCCGCUUUCCCCGUCCCUUCUCCGGGGCUGGGCUUUGGCGCGGGAUGCGUGGUCGCCAGGGGGCUAAGACCCACUUUUCUCUCUCUCCCCCCCCUCCGAGGCAGGCCGAGGAGGGGGCCGAGCCCGCUUCUGUAAGGCAAGAGAGAUGGGGUGAGCCAAGGUCGGCUUAUUUAGGUGACUUGGUUGUGGCUGGAACGUGGGGGCGGGGGGAGAGAGUGGAGCUGAAACUGCCGCCGGUCUUAAAACGUGGUGUGCUUUUGUGUGUGUGUGUGUGUGAGAGAGAGAGAGAGAGAGGGAGGAAGGAAAUAAAGCUGGCUGGUCUUUUAGCCCGCCAGUGGCUACUUAACCAGAAAUGAAAGGGUUGCACAUUGUGCCUUGAGCAUUGCGCAUCUUUAAUACAUUUGACACUAGCCGGACAGAUCUGGCUGCCUCCGAAAACAGCAUGGCUUGAGUUCAAUGACCUCUUCUGCCACAGCGGGGAGAUCGAGUUGCUUUUGUGACUGUCAGUUUUUACAGACACCCCCCCUCCGCCCCCGCGCGCACACAGAGCAGAGCAGACAGGUAGGCGGCACUAGUUCCUAUUUAUGCAACAACAAUCUGCAUAACCAGCUCCUGUACAUGACUUUUUUUUUUUACUCUAUCUCUUUGUGAUGCGUUCAGAGUAAAUAGUUAAUAUCUGUUCAGUUGCUACCCAGUUAGCUCAGACAUAGUGAUGUGGUUUUGAAGCAUGUUUAUAAUGGCUCAUUAGGGGUGACCACUUGAAUAAAAGAGGGGAUGGUACACACACACCAUUUGAAUGGCAAUACCCAUCAACUUUGGGGGGGUCCCCUCGAAUAUUGGGGGGCCUUGGCCCCUAGGAGUUGGCUGCUAUGUGGGUGAUAUUUAAUACUAGACAUGCUCAGAGUAGCCCCACUGAAAUCAGUGCAUUUAAGUUACAACGGGUCUACUCUGAUUGUGACUGAUUGGAUAUCUCCCAGCGUGCUUGGAUGAAUGUGUGUUUCAUACCUGUUUGUAAGGCAAACAGCAUGUAUAAAUCAGACAUGCAGUUUCACUUUUGCAACAGGCUAAAUGUGCAUAUUUCUGCAUACAGUAUAAUAGAAUCUAGUAACACUGAAUAGGCUUUGAAAUGUCACACUACCUCUGGUUUCAAAUAUAUGGAUAUUGAGAUAGAUAUACAUAUGCAUGAACAGUGAUUUCUACUGUAGUUGUGAUAGAGGUCUGCACUGAAAAAGAAGGCUCACCCCCCCCCCCUUGAAAUCUACUUUUGCUACCUUCUAGCCAUAUAUAGUUUUUUUAACAGCAUUAUAUUUUGCUGUUUUUCUUGCACUUCAAAGUAAGAUAGCAAAUGUGACUAUGCAUUAAUGUAUCAGAUGGUAAAUUAAAGGCAGUCAAGAUUUUUUAUAUUUUGGGGACAUAUGAAGCCAUUACUAAGUCUUCUAGAGCCUCUUUAAAUAAUUUUUCAAAUAACCUGUUGUCACUGCCUGUCUGUAUUGCUUCCUUUCUGUGUUGCUGUCCAUAAGAAUGUGAGAGAACUGAAAAUAUGAGACUAAGGAUACACUCCUGUAUAUACAUAAUUGGGGUUAGUUACCAUUUAGCUCGGUGAUCUGUUUGAAUAAGAAUUGGGCCGCAGGUUGGUGUAGCUUUUCAGCUGCUUUUACUCCAAUUUCUUGAAAGGGAGAUUAUGGUCUCAUUUAUCAUUUUAAAUUGGGCUGUUCACAUAAAAUGUAAGCAGCAGAUUUUUAAAAGCCAAGUAUUAUACUGUGGACCUUUAUUGGAAAGCACAGGAUAUUAUUUUUCUAUCCUUUGAUUAUAUCAUUUACCAGAAAAAAAUAUUAAACAUGCCCGAGAAGUACCAAGAGCCAUUUGCCAUCUUGAGAGGCAGUGUAGUUGUAGGGAGAAACUGUGAAGCAUUCCUGACUUCAUAAUACAGUCUCUACAGAUUUACCUUUGCCAACACUAGUACACAAUGGUUCUGUCACACAACCUAGAGGCAGUUCUGCCAAAAGUAGGCUUGGCUUAUCAGCUGUUAGGAAAAAGCUUUCCAUAUUCUGUGAUGCAAUUAUACAAUUCCCUGGUACAGUUGGAUCUUGCUUCUGGAAGUAUAUGCUAGAUGGGAAGUACAACUGAGACAUAGCAUGAUUAAAGCUGAAGUGGGUGGGGACUGCUAACAUAGGACAAAAAGGCCAACCAAACAAAUUGCAUUUCAACCAGAAAUAUUGUGCCCCUGGUAUUUAGCAACCAGAAAUACUGCCUAGGCACAUGGAACUACUACGUCUAGCUAUUAUGUUUAAAAAGUUAUUUUUGUGUAAACCUCUGUAGAGCAGUCUAAGCUAGUACAAAAAGUUUCUGUAAUUGUAUUGUUUGAAACUUCACUUUGCUGUGCUGGGCUACCAGCAAUGUAAUUGAAUGGGUCCAAAUUUAAAGCAAAAGUACUGCUUUAAGUCUGUUGGCACACCUGAAUUGUUUUGCUAAAUAUUGCUGGUAUAUGCUUCCAAGGGGCUUCUUGCACAGUAUUGGGGCUGUAGAGGGAGCUCCAGCUAUACUAAAAAGUGAGAUACUCAGCAUCUUUUAAUUGUUGUUUUAGGUUUAAACAACAUAUAUUCAAAGAAUGAGACAGUAACUGUAUUGUGGCAACUACUUGUCCUUAAUGUUUAGCAGCUCUGGAUGAGUGGCUUGAGAGAUCUACUGCUCAAAAUUCCACAAACAUAUAAGGACAAAAACUGUCCAUUUUUGUGUGUGAACUAGUUGACCUCUUGUGUGUAUUGGGGUCCUCCAGUGGUGGAGAUAAAACUUAAUUUGUCAGAGUUUCAGCAAUAGCAAUAGUUAAUUUAUGUCUCUUAGUAUUAUCUUGAAACAAUCCUGGCAUAUUCCUCUUUUUGCAUUCUCAAUAGGAUAUUGUGUUUCAGAAAAUUCUGCAAAGAAUUUCUGUUCAGAAUUCUUGCAAGACUCUUGGGUACAGUUUUGGUGUUUGCAAAGCAAGGAGUUUUACCAGUCAUCACGAAAGCACAGAGAUUGCAGGUGCUUCGGUAAUAUGAAACUAAGUGUUCUGUUAGCAAAGGACAAGAUUUGCAGUAAUCCUGUCUUUUACAAGUGCCUGUUACAUGUUCAUUUCUGUGUAACAGUUUAUGCUUAUAUACUAGCAUGCCGUUAUACUGUCAGUUGGUAGAGACUGUUUGUGACUUUCAAUUAGCCUCUGCAGGGUCUUAAUUGCUUCCAGUAAUGAAGAGAGAGUUGGCAUCUCGGUACAUUUGAUACAAUUCAAAUAGCUUUUUUCUUCUUGAAGUGGGGCUGUUCUGGUCUGUAAGUUCUCUUGAUGAAAGUUAGUCCUCACACAGAAGUUGUAAUGGCUAAAAAUCUAUUUCCUAUAUAAUAAAAAAUGCUUAAUAUAGAAAAAGGAGUACUCACAACUUAACUCUCAGCUGAAAUGGGACAAAACCAUGUGGUAAGCUGGCAGCCUCUGGGGUUCUUCCUUCAUAUUUCAAGUUACAACAUAGUACUCUUUAUUGUCCAGAGGGAAAAUGGUGCUGAAAAGUUGCCUUUUUCAUUCCUGUCUACAAACAUAUGAUAGCCAACAUUGGUAAAAGCAGUGUAAAUGACCUUUCUGCACUGUCCUUGCCUUGGCUGAAAAAAAUGAACAUUUUGACAGUGGAUACAUGGAACUCGAAAUAGUUUCUUGACAUUUAGCUUACAAAGGUGAGUCUGUCAGUCACACAGUCCACUUUGGUUCAAGACCAGUCAGGUGGACUCUGGCUCAAGUGAAUACCUAAUGACUUGCACACUGAAACGGGUGAAAAAAGUGUUUUGUGGGGGAGUAACCCUGCAGUCAGUCAGUUGCUUUGUCAUCCUUGUUAUAGUUACUGAAACCUCUCCAGCAACAUUUAGUAGCUGCAGAAAGAACUUCUUGUUGGUCUGUCAGCUGCCCAGCAAAGUUAAGAGGGACUGCACUGUUCAUAAGAGAGACCUGAACAGCCUUAAGCUACCAACGCUAUUAGCUGUCUCUUUUCUAAUUUCCUUCUUUAACGUCUUCCUUCACUUUAGGCCUUUUUCUUGUUAGAAGUGAGCAUGAUCAGUGUAGACAUGCUAAAUGUCAAUAAACUAAAGACAUGAUUUUUGCCCUGGAGUAGUCACACUUUGUUUACUUAUUUUUAUGGGAAGUAUACAUUGUGCCAUCAAAUCACUGUUCUUUAGAAAGGGUAGAACAGUAGCUCCAACUUCUUUCUAACAAAGGUGAGCUUUGUGUGUGAAAAGGCUUGCCUGCACAUCUUCAUAAUUCUGCUAGCACCAUUUUAUUGGUAUGUUAUUAAUAUUUAAUUUAGUCUAGAAUGCCAUUUUUCUCACACACCAUAUGUGUAUAAAUAAAUAUAUGUGCAGUAGAACAUGUGAUAGUGUUUAAAUACUGAGCAAGGAAAUGACUCUUCCAAGACAUUAUCAGGCAUGGCUGAUAAUGCUUAGAAUUUGUAUGAGGAGGUCUGGGGAAAUAAGAGUAAGGAAGAUAGGUUAUGGAACAUCAUUGUGUUUUUAAUUGUUUUAUUUUGUAUGUUUUUUCUUACUUUUUACUUUUUUGCUGUAAUUUAUACUUUUUUCUUUGUUUUCUGUAUUUUUGCGAAACUUUAAUAAAUAUCAUUUAAAAAAAAAAAAAAGAUAAUGCUUAGAAUUUGCCUGGCUGGACAAGUUGGUUGCUGAAGAGAGAAUGAAGCAAGGAUUUGUUUGAGCACUCCAGAACUUUGGAGGAACAUAUUGUGGGAUCUGCUGCUGGGAGUUGCCUCCCAUUUUAAAACAAUCUUGACAGUUGUGCAAGAAGUAGAUUAUAUAUUUUAUGUUUUUGCUCUGUUGUGAGUUGUCUUGGGGGAUUUUCAUAGCCAAAUGUGAGAUUGAAAUGCCUAAAUAAACUAAAAAGCACUUUAGCACCCAAACAGAAAUGUGCUCUCUCUUAGCUGUGUUAUGCUUGCUAGUGUGAAUGGAACACACCACUUUUUAUGUGCAUACAUCCUGCUUCCACCUUGAGGUGUGGAAAAGUGUUCUUUGAUGUAAUCUGCAUGCAGAAUUGCCAUGUUUGAUCAGCACUAGGAACUAUCAGUUUGGAAGAACCCACUGCUGUGGCUGCUGUUUGCUCCCAAGCAAUAGCAAACAGGUUUCUUGACAUUUUCAUUAAGCCUUGAAAGAAAUCUGGAGUUUUGAUAAAAGCAUUGGGCGCAUCUGCCAAGGUUGUUUGUUGAUGCACAAGGUAGAAUACAAUAGAUUGGUAUCUGUGAGUAUGGCAAAAGAAUGCAGGUGGACAGGAAUAGCGCUGUUCAAUGCAUUAGUACACAUAGCACUAUUCCUACUUUAUUUCCUCUGGGCAUACCUUCUUGGUUGUAAAUCUAAGACUGGGGUGAGGAAUUAGAUCUGGAUGGAGGGUCCAGAUUUGACCCAUCUUCUCUGGGGCAUUUGACAGGUGGGCAGGGCACUGAACUGUCAACCCCUUGAGUCAUAUGAUGUCAGGUGAAUCAAAGUUCAAACAGCAGCUCCAAAGGAAGAUUUUUCUUUCACAGCCCUGGCUUGAAUUCAAGCUGGGAUUGCAAGCAAAUACCUUCUAGGUGGGUGGAAAUACUGGCUUUUAUUGUCAAACACAGGCUUAUCCCAAAGAUUACAUAAGAGAGAACAGAUCUCCACACCUGACAUCCGGUGACUGACAGGUGAGCAAAUGGCCUCUCAUGCUUUAUUCAGAGGUCUGGUGGGCCACAAGUCAGAGAGUCUCCAGCACUGUUCUAAGAACCAGUGAUGGCACUUCGAUGAGUUGGAAAAUGUCUAUAAUAGGUCUCAGCACUAUAAUUAAGUGUCAUGAUGAAUGCGAAUAGCCUUUGUGGAAAUUUAUUGUGAUUGGACCAUACUUUUCUGGAGGGUAAUCUUCCCAACUGUAUUGAAUUGUAGGAAAGCAAGACUAUUGAGAGACUCCCAAAUUAUCCUGGAUCAAUCAUGUUUAUUUUUCCUAUAUAAGAAAGUAAGGGAGAUUAUUCAGUUCUAACAUCAUUAUGAAUCUUGUAGUAUUUUUUUUUUUUUAAAGUAUAUGAUAGCAUGGUAUAUUUAUCUUGUAGAAUUUGAUCUGUACCUAAUGAAUCCGACAUGUGUUCUGAAACUCUUUGGAUUACAUUCAGUUUAUUUAAUAUAAAUACUUCAGUUGUAAACACAUGAAUUUUCUUCACUAAUGCUAGGGUCCGUAAUUCAAAACACUGUCAUGUUAUGAUAUGUCAUGGCUCUGAAUCUUAUGUAAUGGUACAAAGCCAUGUAUUUAAGCUCCAGACAGGACAAACAAUGACUCCUUCCUCCCUGCACUAGUAACUGGGAUCUCUGUUCAGGCCUGUGAUCAAUGUAAAUGCUGAUUGAAACAAUUUCACUAAGCCGAGUGUUUUGAAACAGAAGAAUAAUGGUGUUCAUAAUUGUUGGUCACAUGACUAUGGAAAACACUUAGUUCCUUCACUGAAAGGAAAUUGGUAUCCUCAGUUCAUAGCUAGAGCACAAAACAUUCAAGAUACCUAAAAACACACACAGCUAAAGACAGUUAAAUUCUAUCUAAAAUUCUGAAAUACUGUAGUAUGUAAGGCAAAUGCAUUUGAGUCACUGGGUUCUUCCACAUUUCCACUUGUCCUGUCGCUUUCCCCCAGGAAAACAGCAAUUGGGUUUUCUGCAGAUUGCCUUUUGUCCACUUUAGUGCUAAAGGGUGGGUUUUCUGGGUGAAAGCAGCAGGCCAAAGCAGAACCACCCAGACCUUUGCCUAGAAAACACGGGGCAAGUGGAAGUGUGAACGAGCUCUUAGCUAUUCCAUAAAAAUUAAAUCCAGUUUAAUAUGCUUUCCCUCUUCCUUGUGGCAGCUACAUUAGAAAGUGCAGGAGAAUGCCUCUCAUAUUUAUUUCUUGGCUUGGCUUUCCAACCAAUGUAAACUUCAUAAGACUAAAGUAUGGAAUCUAAACAAUAAGUUGCUUUGAAUUGUAAGAAUCCAAGAAGCCUGUACAGAUUUGUAUUUGCUUUGUUGAAUCACAGUCUAGCUUCCUUGUGUUUAAUGUUUUAAUAUAAUAGGAAAGGUAAUGGUUCUGCAUCUAAACCCUUGCAUUUUACUGUAGAAUGUGUGGCUGAAACUGCCCUCAGCACUAGGAUGGAAGCAAUCCUUUGUGGGCUGCUAGUGAGGCUGGUCAUGACACACUUUUUCUUAAAAAAAAGUAACCCACUGAGUUCAGUUGAAAGCACAAGAAUGUGCACAAAAGUGCACAUGGAAAGUAUUAGGUUUCUUCAACCUGUGUGCGCAUUAACACACUGGUGCAUACACAGAUUUUCAUGUCCAAAAUGGGCUUUGGACUUCCACUGUAGACACAGAGGAAUAGGGUAUCUAAUUCAGUCUGUAUUGGCCUGAAUAAGUUGUCAUCUUGGUCUGGGUUUCUCCAGGAACAUUAUCUUGAUGUUCUGAAUUGGGUUCUGCUUCCAUUGUUACUGUCCUUCUACUUAUUAAAACAUUUGCAGUCGUGUCUGAAAUGCUUUGAAUAGACAGCUAUUUUAUUUUUGGGGUAACUUAAUUGGGUCAUAUUUUAUUAAAACUGACAGUCUUGCAGUAAGUUGACUGUGAACCAAAUAUGGAAACAUCCAGGAAAGCAUACUCAAAACUUGACAUAUUAUCUGACUUUAAUAUGUAUAUAAAAGUUUGAUGCUAGGGAAGGAGUGCAGAAUUCUUGAACUUUAUAGCCUGUCACCCAAGCUUGGAUCUGUUAACAUAUAUUUGAUAUUGUUGGCUGCCUUGAGUACCAUUUGGUGGACAUCUUAAACAUUUUGUUAACUUCACAAAAUAUCAGUCUGGUUUCAUGUAGUCUCACUGAGUUUUAAUUCACACAGUCAUAAGAAAAUCUUUUUCUUUGCAGGUUCUUUUAGUAAGUAGCAGCCGGUACCCAGACCAGUGGAUUGUUCCAGGUGGAGGAAUGGAACCAGAAGAGGAACCUGGUGGUGCUGCUGUCAGAGAAGUCUAUGAAGAGGUAAAGAAUUUAGAACUCUCAGCUUGAAAUGCUGUAUGGAUAUGCAUUCUCUGAAUUUUAACAGAUGACUCAUUUAAGCAAACUUAACUGAGAGCCACAUAGACAAGGGCUACUCCCCUCCUAGGACAGGCAUGUGGCAGACCUGUUAUAAAUGACAGUAGCCAUCCGCAUGGCAGUUCUUGUGUUCAUGAGAUGCUGGCUAUAAAGAUAAUAGCUUACUGAAAGAAUUGAAUUGUUCCUGAUUUAAGUGAAACACUUUCCAACAGAUGCCUAUCAGCUGGGUCUGCCAAACACUUGAGACCACACAGGACUCUUCUGCUUUAUUGCAUGGUUAGAGUUGUUUUCCGGGCUACAGUUUCUUCCAAUCUUGAUAAUUCCACAGCCAUCAGACAUUUGUGUGUUGGUACAGGAGAGGCAGCCCUUAAGUUGUGGAAUUCCCUCCCCACAGAGGAGGGACACCUUCAUUAUAUGUGUCUGACACCUUCCUUACAUAGUUCCUGUUGUUUGCUUGAAGAGGCCCCUCUUCACUCUGGCCUUUGAGUUAGAUAUUUAUAGGACUCACCCUAUAAAUUGUGCCUGUAAUUUAUUUUAAACUGUUCUUAAAAAUGCAUUUCUAAAUUGCUGUGAACCUCCUUGUAAUCUUAUGGCAGGUAGUGAAUCAAAUAAAUAAACUGAAAUUUCCAGGAUGUGCUACUUAAGAAGCACUUAUCACAGAAUGAAAUAUUCUUUGUUUGAAUGUAUGGAUAAUCUUAGAAGUUUUAAAUCUCAGCUAGGAAAUAGUUUACAGUAUGUGCUGAGCACCUCUAAGAGAUGUUUGAGGUCCAAUCCAGAAAGAGAGGAGCGCUAAAUCAUCUGCAUUCAUCAAGAUGCAGAUAUUUCUGUUCCUAAUUACCAGAGUGGGGGAGUUUGCAUUGGCUAAAUAUAGCCCCAAAUCAUUAAUAUAAGUUUUUAAAAAGUGGGAGCCAGAAUGGAACUAGCUACAUUAUUUAAGUAUGCUAAAUUCCUACACACUUUUUGCUUUAUUACUCACAUGCUUCCUAACUGUAAACUCUGUAAAAGAAAGAAAAGCAGAUGCUCUAUUAGAAGCUUCUCAAAUUUAGUUGUGCGUCUGAAAAAAAAUUGAUAAUCAGAAAAAUGUGCUCCCUGUUCCUUAGCUUUCAGGAAAACUAAAGAGACUCUGGCUAGGGCACAGAUUUAAUAGAUCAUGAAACCAUUAUUGGACAUGCUAGUAAAUUAAACAUUGGUUUCGAAUAUUGUAAUGAAUCCGUAAGAAUGAUUGCUUGUGGGGAAUAUAUCUGAUUAUCUUUAUUCCUUGCAGGCUGGAGUAAAGGGAAAACUAGGCAGAUUGCUGGGAAUAUUUGAGGUGAGCUGUUUAAAAAUAUAUAUUCUGUGAUGUACAUGCUGUGAAAUGUAGUUUGCAUUUCUAAUACGGAAGGGGUGGAAUCUUGGAAAACAGGUAUUUUAAUUAAGGACUGAUAAUUUGAAUACCUUCUACACUUCAUAUAUAAAUAAGUCAGGUUUGGGAAUAGAAAAAUAUUGACAUUCAUGUACAAAAUAUUUAUAAGUAGGGAAGAUAUUAAAAGGAGCUGAUUCAGUAAAUUGUGCUGAUUGUGAUGGGGACUCUAUCCAGUACCUGAAUAAUGGGUGAAAAUAUAGUAGAAUAAGAAUUGUCUCUAGGAUCCCAUUUUUGCUGGUCUGCAAAGUGACUGACCUAAUGAAUGCAACAAAGAUUUGAAAGGAAAUGUGAUUAGGAUUGGGGUGUUUGUAUAGUUCUAGUUUUCAAGUAGUGAACAGAGAAUGUUAGUUUAACUCCUAGAUAGAUGCUGUAACCCGCAGUUCCUAAUGAAAUAUAUGCAGAUAGAAAAAGUGGAGCCCUGUUUCUAGCAUCACAGUUCAUGAUGAUGAUGAUCACGAUGGUUUUGUACCCCCACCUCAUCUGACUGGGUUGCCCCAGCCACUGUGGAUGGCUUCCAACAGAAUAUACAAAAACACAACAGAACAUCACAUAUUAAAAGCUUCCUGGUGCAGGGCUGCCUUCAGAUGUCUAUGAAAGGUCAUAGAAUUAUUUAUCUCUUUGACAUCUGAUGGGAGGGUGUUCCACGGGGUGGGGCUACUGAGAAGGCCCUCUGCCUGGUUCCUGGUAACUUCACUUUCCACAAUGAGAGAGCUGCCAGAAGGGCUUCUUCAGAGUCCAGGCUGAACAAUGGGGGCAUAGAUGCUUCUUUACGUAUACAGGUCUGAAGCCAUUUAGGACUUUAAAGGUCAAUACCAACACUUCGAAUUGUGCUCAAAAACGUACUGGGAGCCAAUGUAGAUGUUAUAGGACUGGUGUUGUGGUCCCGGUGGCUGCUCCCAGUCACCAGUCUAGCAACCACAUUCUGGGUUAAUUGUAGUUUCUGAGUCACCUUCAAAUGUAGAGUGUAUUGCAGUAAUCCAAAUAGGAAAUAACCAGACCAUGUCUCACUCUGGUGAGACAUUGGGCAGGAAGGCAGGGUCUCAGCUGGUGUACCAGAUGCAGUUGGUAGACAGCUGCCCUGGACACAGAAUUGACCUGCGCCUCCGUGGACAGCUGUGAGUCCAAAAUGACCCCCAGGCUGUGUACCUGGUCCUUCAGGGGCACAGUUACCCCAUUCAGGACUAGGGAGUCCCCCAGAAACAGUACUUCCGUCUUGUCAGGAUUCAAGCUCAAUCUGUUAACUGCCAUCCAUCCUCCAACUGCCUCCAGACACUCACACAUGCCUCAACUGGCUCCAAUUUAAAUGAGAGGUAAAGCUUUGCCAAGAGAACUCAUAGCUGCCUCUUAGAAGACUGACAUGUUUCUGUACUACUACCAACAGUAUACAUUUGCUUUUCACUUGUUUUUCCAUUGGCUUUUUUUAAAAAACAGUUCUAAUUUACAUUCCCCCCCCCCCAUUUAAACUAUUGAAUUUGUAUGUGUACCAUUGUAUUUUUAAAUGAUCUUGUUGCAGUGUUUGAAUUUUAGGCACCUUGAGGGCUAUAUUAUAGUGGAAAGAUAGUAUAUAAGUGAUUCUAAGUAAAUAGCUAUCUAAUGUUGCAAGUGUGAAUUAAUAUGUCUGUUCUCUCUCCUUCCUACUGAAGCAGAAUCAAGACCGGAAACAUAGGACUUAUGUUUAUGUUCUUACAGUGACUGAAAUCCUGGAAGACUGGGAGGAUUCGGUUAAUAUAGGCAAGACAUUUUCAACCCUGCGUGUGCUAAGUGUGUAAUGCAGUAUGAGAACCAUGCUAUUUUUAGGACAGCUUUCACACAACUGGUGUUCAAGAAGCAUGAUGCUGCAAGUUAUUAAAGUUAGAGGUGUACUAAAAAGGUUCAAAGGAUAACUCAAGAGCAGCCAGCACCAUUUUAUUUUAUCACUAAUUGGCCACUGCUCUAAUAGCAUUAAUAAAAUAAUUUAUGGAAGUAGAUAAAUUUUGUGUUUGAUUGCAGUUUGACACUCCAUGGCAUGCUGUUUUUACAGAUACUUUAAACUACUAAUUGGUUGAAAGAACUUGGGAUAAUGAGUAAUAUUCAGAAUGCCAUAUACUUCUAAUGAAUCAGAACAGGGUAAGAUAGUAGAUAAAAAGCAGGCUAUUUGCUUGUUGGCAAGGGAACAGAUGGACAAACUAACUUUCAUGUUAAUUUGCACAUAAUUAACAUAAUACAUUAAUAAAAGUAGACACAGCCUGUUAGUCUCACAGUGAACCAUUCAGCCAACUGUGGUAAUUAGAAGCCUUUAUUUAUAGCUCCAAAUGUUCAUGAUCCUUAUUCAGCACCUAACAUCAUAAGACCAACUUAGGAAUUUUAUGAACAGAGUUGAAGAUCUUGGCUGUCUGUAGUUAAUACCCUUGUUUUUCACAAUUCUGCUUGCUUCUACUAAGUGCCCUUAAAUAGUGGGUGGAUCUCUGGGGGACUCUCUAGAAUGUUUCAGCCACAUUUGCCCACUUCAUUUUAAAGUUGACAGAUUGUAAGGUUCAAAAUGUCCACUAUUUGAAGCAUUUAUUCUUUUCAUGUUGUAGGAAGGAAAAGAGAGUGGUUUAAGGUUGAAGAUGCAAUCAAGGUCCUUCAGUGUCACAAGCCAGUACAUGCAGAGUACUUGGAAAAAUUGAAACUGGGAUGUUCACCAACCAAUGGAAAUUCUGUGGUUUCUUCCCAUCCUGAUAACAACUCUCUAUAUGUUACUCCUGCACAGACUUCUGGGUUGCCCUCAACUGUAAGAUAAAAUUCAGCUACUUUUUUGUUCACCAUCACAAGGGGAGAUGUGUUAGUGGUCAUGUGCUAUGUGUAUAGUCAUUUAGAUUGAGUGUGUGAACACUUUAUGUUCAGACAUAUACAUUCAUUCUCUUUUUUUUAGCAAUGUUUAAUAUUUCAACAAACCAAAGCCAUACAGGGAAUUCUUAAAGAUGCCUUAAAUGGUCCUCUUUGUGGCUUUUUAAAACCUGAUUAAAAAAAAAACAGGAGUGAAUUUGUAAUUUGGCAUUUGAGUCUGGCUUAAUUUUGUUAAAUUUCCUAAAAAUCAAAAAAUGCUAUUUUUGGGAAACUGUUUUUAAUUUAGUCAUCCUUAUUUCCCUACUUCAGUAUAAAAUUUGUUGGACAAGUUAAAAGGCAGCAGAAACCAACAAAGAAGUGCCUUCUAUGUCAAGAAGUGUCCUCCCCAAAUAUUUCACUUACAAAUCCUAACCAGAGUAGUGCCAGCUUGUCUGCCUCUGCCAAUCCUUCACACUGCUCUUGCUUACAAUUAUUAGGCAAACAGGCAGAUUCGAGAAAGAUGCUAACAUGCCAACCCCUUAACCUGCUUGCUCUCCUCUUGCCAAAGUCAGCCUUGGCUUUCUUUGCUAUUCCAGCAGGUGUUGAUUCACUACUGGGGACCAUCCCAGCUUCUUCCAGCCUGUUUCCAAAACACAUGAUUUGGAUCACUAUUGGGAAGAUAACUGUCCUGAGCUUUAAGGAAAAAAAGCAGACUAAAUGGUGUUCUAAUCCUGUUCUAAUGCUUGCAACUAAAAUAUGGCUAUAGAGAUUCUCUAAAUUAUAUGAAGUCUAAUUUCAGAAAUCUCUAAAAGCAUUUACUGUACGCUGAACUUUCCCUUGAUCCCUCAAGUCAUACUGUGGUUGAGGUAAAGAACUACCUCUAUUAUGAAACUGUCUCUUCUCAUUCUUUCUAUGUAACAUAAACCCACUGUAAAUAAUCCAACUGGUGUAUAGUGUAAAGUGGAAAGAAAAGGUAAUGUAAAUACUCUGUUGCUCACACCAGUAGGUUACUACCUAGGACUUCUGUGUCUUAAUAGCUAUGUAACCAGCAGAAACUUUAAUAGCUCACUCACUGAAUCUUCACCUAGUGAGUUCCUGCUCAUCACAUAACAGAUAAAGGCACAGGAAUCCUGUCUGAGAAAAAGGUGGCAAACUUACACACUAACUUCCAAUACAUUGGGUAAAAAUGCUGCUAUAAAUUAACCCACGUGCUGUUACAAUUUUUAAGGAAAAUAUUGGUGCCAUAUGCUUUCCUUCUAGAAACAUGUGGGAAUCACACAUAGUGCCAUAGAAAUGCAUUUAAGCAAGGAACAUCAGUAAGAGGUUUGGUUGUGAGUGUUGCUUCAAGAGCCAUAAGUAAGUACUAUUAACUGGAGAUGGACUUGCAACAUCUUGCUCAGGUUAGAACUUCCAGGAGUUACUGGCUUCAGAGAAUCUGAGUGGAGCCGUAGAUGUCAUCAGUUUUGUGCUUGAAGAGCCUUACUUUCCAUAUUCUGAUUCAGAUGGUCAAAAGAACAUUCAUAGUAGACUGGUGGCAGACCCAUCAAUGUGAAACUUUGUACACUAAUCGGAUUAAGGAAAUGGCUAGUUAACAAGUAUGCAUUUUUCCUGAUUCCUAAGUCAGCACUUCAACCCCACACUCUUAUUCAGUUAUCACUAACCACACGAUAAUAUGAGAAAUGUCUCUUGUUCAUCACAGUGAUGGAAGUAAGAGCAAUUUUAAUUAGUUUUUGGUUACUAUAACUGCUUUCAUCUCAACUUUUGCUUUUGGAACAUAAAACCAAGCCAAGCAUAGAGAAGCUACAUAUUGGUAGUGCAUGAUUACUUUGGUUUCUAACAUUUAUGUGUUAUGUAAAAAUGUACAGUUGUCAGUGCUAACCAAAUCAAAGGUGAUGGCUUAUAAAUACUCCAGGCUGCUGUGCCACAUACAGUUUUAAAUAUAUUGGUGUACAGAUCUCUUCUGCCUAUGCAACUUCAGAUAAAGCCCCUUAUUCAUACUGACUUCUAAAGUCUGUCUUGCAACAUAACACUGGAAUGACAAGAGGUCCACUGUAUUAUUUAGCUGCCAUUGUUGCAUUUUCACUUAUAGACAAGUGAACACAGAAACAUUGUCUAUUUCUGUCAUUUGGAAGAAUAGACCGGACAGCAUGAAUGUGUCAAAUAACAGCUAAGACCUCUUCUGUCAAGAUUAAACCAUAGUCAAAUAACUCCAGUAAGGGGUUCAGGGUUGACAUUAAAAUGCUGAGGGAUUAAUAUAUAGUGAAGCAUUCUUGUGGAACUAGGCCAGUGUUCCCCCUAAGUGACCUUUGAACCUGUAGCUGGCUUCACAAGGCAGGGAAAUAAAAGUUGACUAGGACCAGAUUCCACAGGGCAGUCCAUGUCUUCAGUAUCUUAAGACAUGGUUUGCAAAGUCAGAAGGUCAUUACCAGAGAAGUAUAGGCAGGUCUUGACUUAAUACAGUGGGAGUUUGUUACAGUGAAUAGUUAAUUGGGAACAUGCCAUACCAACAUUGCAAGAGUAUUUAUGUAGGUUAUAGAGGCUAUUAAAAGUAAAAAUACCAUCCUGAGUGCUUAUUGCAGACUAACCAGGGCUACUGUCAAAAUGUUGGAACAAAUGCUCAACAUGCUUCUGAGAAGUAAAACGUUUGAAGGAAAACUACAAGUUAAGUUGUAAACAUUUUGAGCUGUGUGCAUGGCUUUCUUUUAAAGAUUGAUGUAAGAAUUUUGACUUUUUAUAUCUGAAAUGAUCCUCCAAAAUAAAAAUAAAAAAAUUGAAACACAAUCUGCAAAGACUGUAGCUUCUUUAUGUAGCAAUAAAAUUCAGAUUUAAGUAUUGGGAACAGUGGUCUCCAACUCAACAUGUGUUUGAGAGUGGCUCAUUCAAAUCAAGUGUAUUGCAAAGUCUGUAGUAGAAAACAGUGUUGGAAAACUUAUAAAACAUGAGUGACUUUUACCUCCUUCUGUGGCCUGGAAGUUUUUCUGUGCUUGUAGUUGAGGGCAGGGACCACAUCUUAGUGGUACACAACAUGCUUUGCACCCCAAGAACCCCAUGGCAUUCAGUGGGAUUUACUUUCAGAUAAACCUAUACAGAAUUGCUGCCUAUUGCCUGUAUGCCCAAGCUACUCAAGAAGAAACGCUCUUGCUUGCCUCCCAUGUCCCUGACUGUUGUUUCAUUUUGUGGAUGUGUCCACAAACUUGAGAAUUUUGCUUACAAAUAUUGCUUCGUGGUUAGGCUCACUUCCUGCUUCUCACACCCAUUUCUGACAUCAGCUACAUGCUAUAAACUCACAAGUGACCUGCAGUGAUGUCAUGUGGAAAUACUAUACUUGUUCUUGUACCUGAAGGGGCAGUUAUUUCAGGCCCCCAUCUCUUUGCUCCUGGUCUACUUUAACCCUACCCGCUGCACUUGCUGGGUAUGAGGCUAUCCCUUUCAGAACAAUGAACACUCCACUAGGGGGAGAAGGGCUCGAUCUUCAUUGAAAUGGCAAACUUCUACCUGGGGUUUGAGCAAUUUAGUAACUUCUCCCUACCUCCUGCUCUCACUUGUUCUCUGCUCUGCUUCCUCUGACAUGUUAGGAUGCACAACAGCAUGUUGUUGUCUAUCCCAAGUGCGUCUGUUCAGUGAUCCAGCCAGUGUGGAAGCAAAGCCUUGUAUAAGUCUGGACCACACUUUACCUUGUAGCACUAUGCAUGGCUCACAGAGAAUGCCUCCCCACCCCCUUCUCCACACUCCUGAUACAUUACCUCACUCUGCUAAAUCUGCAGUUAGCAGAUUUAAAGAACAAGGACUGCUUAGCAGCUCUGAACAAGCAUGUUAUCCAGUAAAGGGGGAGGGGUUAAUAACAAAUAUGUUUAAACCACGGCAUGGAUGCCCACCCCACAUACUCCUCUCAAGGACAUUCCCACAUCUCCCAAUUAAUACAUUCAGCAUUCCACUGAACUUUUCCCCUCCUGUGUGAAAGGAAACAAUGGAGAAAAGCAAGUAUCUGCAACUGCACAGCAGAAGUGUGCUUGGCCUCUUAUGUGAGCCUGUAACUUUCCCUCACUAGGCAAUGAGUUGAGUUACUCUACAAUUUUAAUCUCCCACAGGUACUGGGAGUCCACUGAGACAAUAAGGUGAGUGUAUAUUUGUCUUUUAAUUUAUAAACAAUUUCUAUAUACUCAUGUCACUUCUAAACUUAAGACAUUUGACCAGCAACGUUGCUGUUAAAUGGAAUAGUUUCAUAAUCCAGUCACAAUACCAGAAAAUAGAGCUUCUGUUCUUCUGGAUAGGGUUGUACUAAACCUGAAGGACCAAGGGGUGAUCUUGGCUCAAGCUUUGCCAGUAGAGACUGAGGUGGCCAACUUCAGUUGGUAUGUCAGCUGUGACCCUAUCUGAACAGCUACCCAUGCUUUGGUAACCUUCAAAAUUAAAUGACUAUUAUACUUGAGCUUCAGCUUUAAAAAUAAUCGGGAAACUUAGAGUUUAGAACACAGCUGUGAAAGAUUGCGAAGACUGAGCAGUAUGCGCAUUAACCGUUGUGCAAGAGCACUAGCUCUGGGUUUAUUUGCAAGUCCAAGUUUUGACUUUUAAAAAAGCUUUUACAUUAUGGCUUGCAACCUGGUAGGGCUAAUCUGCUGCUCUCCACUUAUUACUUGACUCCAACUUCCAUUGGCUGUAUCCUGCAUAGUCAAUAGGGACUCCCAAGAUCUAGUAGGCUCUCCAUUUUCCUGAAUCUGAAUGCACCAAACAAAUCCUUUCUUAGAGACCUUCUGUACUCCCAACACAUGACGUGCAGCAGAUGGCUAUAGGGAAAGAGGUACUUUCCCAUCAUGCCAACUUUGGAAUGCUGUCCCCCCAAAGCCUCAGCUGGCACCCCCUCUGGUGGAUUUCUGUUACAAAGCAAAGAACUUCGUGGGGUCUCAGGAUUUGUUAUUGUUCAGCUUAAAUUUAUGUACUUUUUUGAGGUAACUUUAAUUUUGCACUUCUAGCUUGCAUUUCUGUAUUUGUACUUAGGUGCACUUGAUUUUAAACUUUGCUGAUGGCACAAUAGAAGUAUCCUAAACAAAAUAGGGAAACAUUUUUGGGCCACUAAAACUUCAAUAUGAACCAGUGUGCUUUCUGAAAAGGAUAGGACUUCUUUCUUGCCACAUGGAAAGUUUUUCUCGCGGGGGGAGAGGUUAUUUGGUAACUUGCUUUUUUUUUUCAUUGUACAAAUAUGCUUGAAAAUUUACUGUGCGAAUACCAAUCUUUAAAAUGAGAAGCUCACUGUAUAAUGAAUAAUCACUCUUCCUUUUAUUCAGUGUCAUAACAUUACAGUCAGAAGAUGUUAAACAGAACCUAUCAGGCAUUUAAAAAAUAAUCCUGAACAUAGGAGGAAUGUACAUUACACUCAGAUAUACAUGAUUUCUAACCGUAUUAGACCUGAAGAUUUUACAGUAACCAUAAUUUGCUGGGCAUAUGCUUCAUUUAAAAGCAUAACAUCCACAUUAUUUUAGGCCAUAAUUACACUUGAUAUUCAGUAUGUUUACUCUUGUAAAACUACCCAUGCAAAGCAUGGAUUUAUUUGUCACUGGGGUCUUCCUUCUUUCAAGAACACACACAAGAACUAUAUUUUUAUCAGCUAAAGGAAAAAGAGUUAUCGUGAACAUGGUUUUGAUUUAAGCCAAGGCUUCAUACAUCAGUACACAUGCCAGAUAACUGGCCUGAAUAUUUAUUAGCACCAAGAUUAAUAUGAAACACCUGUACUGUAAUUCAGUAAAGGAACCCCAUCUUUCUACCUAGCCCUAUCAUAAAGCAAACAUACGUAAAUAAUUCUACUUGGUUUAUUAGUAUCAUACAGUGGGACAAUUCCAACCAGCUGAGAUGUACCGAACAAGAUGACCUAUUUAUUGUUGAUAGUCUUUUUAGAACUCCUUUACAGAUAAAAGUUGUUAGUUCAAUCAAACACAGACUCAAGUACCUUCAGUGACUCUUUAGCCACAUUCCUUGACCUUUUUUUUUAAGGGAUAAAAGUCUAGUUCUUAAUGUUUACACUUCAUUAGGAGAAAGAUUCAGGUGGAAAAUGGAAAUUCAAAACCAACCCUUGUAGUUAUUUUAAUUACUGCUCUCAACAUUUAGAGCCAGAACACAGAGGGGCUUUUUGGAUAUUUUACUCCUUAACUGCAGUCCUAAAGGAAUGCCUAAACUCCCAAGUUUUGGCACAAGAGCUGUUUUUCAAUGCACACAUGGAAAAAAUAUAGUAUGCCUAGGUUACAAAUGCAUAUACAUCUGCUUUGCACCAACUCCCUAUUUUAAACUUAGUAAGAUUUCAACACAAGGUGUUUCAACACAGUUCCAUGGGCAACUGAUGAGAAAUCCUCAAAUUUGAGUGUACACACCUCUCUAGUGCACAGCAUAGAUUCAACAGUUAUUUGUACACAUUUAAAGACAUUUACCACAUAUGCAGGGCUGGAAAGGACACAGUCCAAAGUUAAGCGCCUCCCAUGCCCAUUUAUUUCAAUAGGAGAAAUAUAGCAUGUGUUCAAAGCUACAAUCCUAUGUGCACUCAUGCAGAAUUGAAUUCAGUGGGAUUUACAGCAAAUAAAAAUAUUUAGGAUUAAGCUGUAACCCAUUGAAAUUUGUAUAGCUCUUGCUAAAUUAUGCCCUAUGUUUGAACAUUAAUUAACAUUCCAACCAUAUAGUUGCCAUAUGUACUUGACUUCAGCUACUGUGUACCAUUUUUAACAGGUUUUAUGGUAUUUUUUCCAUUGGUUUUAUUCCAGAAUGUGACAUACAGAGAGCCAGAGCUUACGCUGUCUGGUCUUUUUAAAAAUAAUAUCAUGGUAGCAGCAUUUUAAAGCCAUUUGCUAUGCAGGUAUUCAAGUUUCUUUCUUUAAAAAACUACUACAGCUGCAAACAUAAGCAUUUUUUUCAAUAUAACUUUUAUUAAACUGAGUGGGACUUGUUUUUGAGUAGUCAGAGAUUAUACCACUAUGCAUGUGGUUAUGUUCAUACUAGUCACUGACAUAUGAGAACUUAAACGCUCGUCAAGUGUUAGAGAAGAAUAACACAAUCAGUUCUCUACUAUGGCAGACAGUGGUGCUAUUCAUUGGUAGUUGACAAGGACUAGCUAGAAGCCCAGAAACAAUCUAAAAAAGAAUUUCAACUAGAAACAAUUUUUGAGAUGGUCUCGCUCUCCUGUUGAAGCAGAUUAUCAGCCUUUUAUCAUGCUAUAAUGCAGUCAACUCUGACAAUACCAUCACUAAAAGCAUUUUUGUCUGUUGAAAAUGUGAUUUUAAUAGAUAUUCUUUAUCUUACAUAAGAGCACAAUACAUACACCACAUUCUAUAGAAACCCCAGAUGAUGCUAGAAUAGGUAUGAUGGGCAGAAAAUUAUGGACCUCAAUACUGUUUCCCCCCACCCCCCAAACUGCAAGACAGACAUUACCCAUGCCAAGCUGGCAUUACACUGGCCACAUGAAAAGCAGAGAUAUCAGAAAGAUGGUCAAGGCAAAGAAGUAGGGUAAGAAAAGAAAAGAAAUUUUAAGAAAUACAGAAGGUAGAAGUUGGGAUCAAAAUAUGCUCCCAUGAGUUAUUUACAUUUUUGCGUGAUAUCUUAAGAAAUAAGAAGUUUCCAUCUUCAAAUGAAGAAAUGGGUCAAGAAAGUAGUAGCUUAAAGACUGCAGGUACAGCCAGAGCUAAGAAGCCUAAUUGUAAAUACCUUAGCAACCAAUUGACCUGCACUGUUAACAUCUCAUUUUAUGCAGAGGAUUUAUUUAUUUAUUUUUAAGAUCCUAGUUAUUUUAAAAUGUAUUCUGAUACUGGAUAAUACAUAGCACAAGACAGACAAGGUACACAUACACCCAAAAUUACUGUUUGUUUUGCUAGCUUCCUGCUUCAGUGGUACUUAACUUUGCAAGUACAAACACAUUAAUGAUGCAUCUAACCGACUCUGAUAACAAUUACAUUUAUCAGAGGCUUUUUAAAAACAAAAGAAAUAUUAUGAACACUAAUGUGGUGAAUACAGGUCGAGAGGGGGGAAUCCAAUAUUUCACUGCAGCUGUUAGGUUGAUGAAAAUCAAAGUGUUCUAAUCUGGCUUCAUUAAAAAAAAUGUCACAAUUGAAAAGUGAACAAAAGAACACAGCAAAACAAACUGUACAAAGGCAAAGUAGAAUAACAAAAUAUUUUACUAAAACAUAAGAUUUACAGAAGAUUUUUCAGACAAGCCAUACAAAAUGGUCACAAGCUUUUUUUUUCUUUUCUUGAAGGGAGGGUUUUUACACUUGACAGCAGAAUCACAAUAUUAUUAGUGAUGGAUGUUUAAUGUUCCCAUUUUUGUUCAAACAGCCAAGCUUGUCCAUCUACAGCGUCUAAGUUAGACUUGGCUAGAGGGCAUAUUCUAGAGUAUAACUGGUUAGCUGCUUUAACCGAUACAAUUAGCAUCACCAUAAAAAAGGGAGGAAGAGCCCACACAAUUAGAACAAAAAUCCCUGCAGCUAAACCUGACUACUUUCAUUCACAGUGCUUACACUUAACUCAUGAUGGGGAAAACUUAUUAAAAGCAGAGAUGUGCUACUGCUUUUAAACAAUUUCACAAACAAUCCCGAUGAUACUUCUAGCCUCUGCUCAUGCGGAACAGGAGUGAAUUAGGACAAGACACAGAUUUGCUAGUAUGCAUUUAAAUCACCAAAGAACUGAUGUCUGGGUUUUAUUCUGUAAUGUUUUCUAAGACUGUGUCCAUUAAAUGC